UUCAUCAAUCAGGAAGAGUCUACAAGUUCUGCACUAGUGACUUUCCUUACAAUGAUCUGCAUCAAGGUCUGUUCAGCUUUGGUUCAGUUUUAGAGAAGAGAAAGGAAGAAUAAAAGAAUUGGGUGAGUGUGAAAAUGAAGGCUGGUGAGGGAAGAGUCAGUUCUAGUGGAUGUUCUAACAUGAUUGAGAAUGAUUUAGAGAUGGCAAGUGUUCAUAAAGUUAGUGUUAGGCCUCCAGAAAGCAUGCUCCACUGUAUUGAAGGGGCUGUGAAGGAGACCUUGUUUCCUGAUGAUCCCUUCAGGCAGUUUAAGAACCAGCCAGCAAAAAGAAAGUGUUUCUUGGGAGUUCAGUAUCUCUUUCCCAUCCUUGAAUGGGCUCCAAAAUAUUCCUUGAAAAUUUUCAAGUCGGAUCUUAUCUCUGGUAUAACUAUAGCCAGCCUUGCCAUACCACAGGGUAUUAGCUAUGCCAAGCUGGCCAAUCUUCCUCCUAUUCUUGGACUUUAUUCUAGCUUUGUUCCACCUCUGAUAUAUGCAAUGCUUGGGAGCUCAAGGGAUCUUGCAGUGGGAACUGUGGCUGUUGUCUCACUUCUUAUAGGAUCAUUAAUUGCCAAGGAGAUCUCCCCAGCACAAAAUCCUCAAUUGGCUUUGCAUUUGGCACUGACUGCAACAUUCUUUGCUGGGAUUUUCCAAGCAAGCAUGGGAAUUUUCAGAUUGGGAUUCGUUAUAGACUUCCUGUCACAUGCAACUAUCGUGGGAUUCAUGGCUGGAGCAGCCACUGUUGUGUCUCUCCAGCAACUAAAAGGCAUUCUUGGGCUUCAACAUUUUACUACAGAGACAGACAUAGUGUCUGCCAUGAGAUCAGUAUGGGGACAAACUCACAAGUGGAGGUGGGAAACCAUAGUGCUUGGAAUAUCUUUUCUCUCCUUUCUACUCAUCACUCGUUACAUUAGUAAGAAAAGGCCUAGGCUCUUCUGGAUAUCGGCAGCUGCUCCUCUGACAACUGUAAUUCUUAGCAGCGUGCUGGUGUACGCUACACAUGCUGAAAAACACGGGGUUGAAAUUGUUGGUCACUUAAAAAGUGGCUUAAACCCACUGACAGUUGAAUCCUUUAUGUUCGAGGGAAAAUAUUUAAAGACCCUUGUGAAGACAGGACUGAUAAUUGGCAUCAUCACACUCACUGAAGGAAUAGCAGUUGGCAGAACUUUUGCACUGUUCAAGAACUACAAUAUUGAUGGCAAUAAGGAGAUGAUUGCCAUUGGCAUGAUGAACAUUGUAGGUUCAUGUACAUCUUGCUACAUCACAACUGGUGCCUUUUCAAGGUCAGCUGUGAACUUCAAUGCUGGCUGCAAGACAGCAGUAUCAAAUAUUGUGAUGGCAAUUGCAGUGAUGAUAACUCUUCUGUUCUUGACUCCUCUCUUUCAUUACACUCCCUUAGUAGUACUGUCCUCCAUCAUAAUUUCGGCCAUGCUGGGUCUAAUUGAUAUCCCAGCAGCCUAUCACCUCUGGAAGGUGGACAAAGUUGACUUCCUUGUCUGCAUGGGAGCUUAUGUUGGAGUGGUGUUUGGCAACAUUGAAAUUGGUCUUAUCAUAGCGGUGACCAUUUCCUUGCUGAGAUUGAUCUUGCACGUCUCAAGGCCUCAUACUGCAGUCCUGGGGAACAUUCCAAAUACUACAGUUUACAGAAACGCUGAGCAGUACCCAGAUGCUGCAAGAGUUCCAGGAAUUCUCAUUCUUCGUAUUGAUGCUCCAAUCUAUUUUUCCAAUGCAAGCUACUUAAGAGAAAGGAUAAUGAGAUGGAUAAUGGAUGAAGAGGAGCGUCUUGCCAAGAUGAAGGAAGACACUUUGCAGUAUGUUAUUAUAGAUAUGGCCCCUGUAACCACCGUUGAUACCAGUGGAAUCAGAAUGUUGGAAGAGCUCAAGAAAACAGUUGAACUUACAGGCCUUCAGCUUGCAUUGAGCAACCCUGGGUCAGAUCUGAUGGAGAAGCUUGAAAAGGCAAAGUUCACUGAAUUUCUGGGACCAAAUUGGCUGUUUCUUACAGUAGGUGAGGGUGUGGCAGUCUGCAGUUCUCUUCUACAAGCUCGUAAGCUCAAUGGAUAAAUGAAUGUCCAUGGUAAUAACCAGGCUGGUCUCUACAAUUAAAGGUUGAAUGGUUAAAGUUUAAACCUAACAGUUUCCCUGGUCAAUCGUUUCAUUCUUCUAAUGAAGUAUGUCCCUCAGUUACGUAGCCCUGGAUUGGGCCUUGUAAACUUGCAAUUUUUCUGUACUGAUUAUUACUUGAUAGUUUACAAUACUCUAAGGUUGGAAGAGCUUCGCAUGGAGGUUAGUUUUUUACUUUGAAGAAUCACUUUGCCAGGUGCAUUAGUGAUUAUCAAGUUGUAAAAUCAUAUGAAUAUAAUGGAAGGGUUCAAAUUUUGUUGAAA